AAGAAAAUUUUUUUUUACCAGAAAGGAUUAAGUUAUGAAUAUCUGGAAUUAUCAAUAAACAAAAGAAAGGAAAAAUUGAGAGAGGGUUGGUAAGUAAACAAAACAAACUGUAACUUUGAAUUGGGUAUCGGAGAAUAAACGCGAAGAAAUCAUAUGAGAUUAGAUUGUUUAAUUAGUAUCGUUACUUUUGUUGAAUGCUAACUUUGUUUAUCAACAAGAACGAGAAAUGAAGAAGGAAGCUGAUAAAGACAAAAUCGAAGACGAUCCGAAACUUUGGGGUGUUUUACUCUUCGGUUUAAUUGGCGCCACCGCCACUACCCUCGUUUUCGGUCAGCUUCGGAAAACUGUUGAAUGGUUCUCUGUUCAGGUAAUUCACUUGCUUCUAUUUUAUUACUUUUUAGUCACAGACCCAUGUAUCGCUUUUGUGCUUGCCCCAUGUCUCGCCUCCUCCUUGACACUAAUUUUGGUUGCAGUUGCCUGCUCUGCUUCCACCAUUUCUGCUGCUCUCCUUGUGUACUCUGUAAAAAAGGUUGAUCUUGGCAGGGAGCGAAUAAGGCGAAUGCAAAACGUGUUUAACAGAGAAAGGAAUAAGUACAAAAGAGGCUACGAAAGCUGGAGGGAACAUGGCGCUGGUGCAUAUCAUCAGCAUUUCCAAAGAGAAGAUUGGUAUUGGAAGGCUGAUACUUCACACAGAGACAGGAGGACUAAUUAUCGAGAAACUCCAAGAGAGAGUGGAAACUAUGCAUUGUCACAUCACUACUCAGUUUUGGGUCUUGACAGGUUUAGGAAAACACCAUAUUCAGAUGCUGAGAUUAAGUCAGCAUUUAGGACAAAGGCAAAGGAGUAUCAUCCUGAUCAGAACCAGGAUAAUAAAGACGUUGCUGAAGCUAAGUUCAAAGAGGUGAUGACUUCAUUUGAGGCAAUAAAACAGGAAAGAAAAAACCACAAUCCGUAAUUGCCAAACACUGCUCUACAUUCCCAGGACUCGGAACAAUGUGAGAAUUUGACACUUAACAGACGUAAGUAACUCGUCUGAGCUGUACAAAGAAAUCUGAUAAUAAUAUUAAAUUGUGGUUAGCAUGACUUCACUGAGUGGCAAUGCCAUUGCCAUAUUUGAACGGCUGCCUGGGAAACAUUCAAGGUUGAAUAUGGAAGCCAUAGGAAGAGAUGGACACCUAAGUGCUGUUUUGAAGAUUUUAUUUUCAGCUUAUCUUAAGAGAUAAGCAUUUGUAUAACAUACAUAAGUGACUGGAAAAACUGAUAAAUAUAACUUAUGAUACGGUCAUAAGUUGUUUUCAAUGUAUUUGUAUAAGUUUCCCAAAAUAGUUCAUAGAAAAUUUAUACAGAUCUUGUAUGAGUAACAUUUCAUAGAAUAAAUAUUUAAUUAAAUUGUUUAUUCAAA